UAAUACAAUCGCAGAUAAUUGCUGUUAUCAAAAACAAGUGGUCUGUGCAAAAGGAGAAGGUAUCACGUCCCCUCUCAACUGUUUGUAAAUUGACCACAGCUGUUAUUUGUGUUCUGCUUUGGGAGAAAACAACUCUACAAAAUGUCAGGUGCCAAAUGUGGAAAAUUAUGGAUGGGUCCCGGGACUUUGGAGGUGCCAGUGGAAUUGUUUGCUCUAAACCGAAGCCGUUUGGUGGAACGCAUUCGUCCAAAAUCAGAAAAAUCCGUAAUCGUUCUUCAGGGAGGCAACGAAGUUUCCUUUUACGAUACUGACACCACCUACAAUGUAUUUCGUCAGGAAUCUUAUUUUAUGUGGUCUUUCGGCGUGACUGAACCAGGAUGUUACGGAGCCAUUGACGUGAAUUCGGGGAAAGCUUAUUUAUUUGUGCCCCGAUUUCCGAAAAGCUACGCUGUAUGGAUGGGGCCGCCGCGUUCUCUGGAAGAGUUUAGCAAGAAGUAUGGAAUCCCGCAUGUGUACUACGUGGAUGAGAUUGCGUCGGUUUUAAGCGAAUUAAAUCCGUCUGUUUUGCUAACACUGAAAGGAGUAAACUCCGACAGUGGAUUAACAGCGAAAGAGGCCGAAUUUGAGGGAAUUUCCAAGUUUGAAGUCGACAACCGGUUGCUUUUCGACGAAAUUGCUGAUUUGCGAGUCUACAAGACGGACUAUGAAAUCGCUGUUAUGAAGUACGUGGUGGAGACGUCCUCAGCGGCGCACCGCAAGGUGAUGCGUUUCGCCAAAGCCGGCAAAAGCGAGUACCAAUGCGAGUCGGAGUUCCUGCACCACUGCUACAGCGUGGGGGGCUGUAGGCACGUCUCCUACACCUGCAUUUGCGCCUCCCAUACGAACGCGGCGAUUUUGCACUACGGCCACGCCGCCGCCCCCAAUGACAGGUUCAUCAAGGAAGGAGAGCUCUGUCUUUUUGAUAUGGGUGCCAACUACUUCGGCUACGCCGCCGACAUCACGUGCACGUUUCCGGUCAGUGGCAAAUUCACCCCCGAUCAGAGAUUAAUUUACGAAGCCGUUUUGAAAUCGAACUUGGCGGUUUUUAACGCCGCCAAGCCAGGGGCGAGUUGGGGGGACAUGCACGUGUUGGCGAACCGCACACUUUUGGAGGAACUGAAAAAGGGGGGGCUGCUGAAAGGGGAUGUCGAUGCUAUGGUUACAGCAGGACUGGGGGCGAUUUUCCAGCCGCACGGUUUGGGGCACCUUCUGGGGCUGGAUGUGCACGAUGUGGGGGGCUAUAUCACCGGACAGCCGGGCAGGCGGACUGAACCACGGGGAAUCGACAAGUUGAGGACUAACAGAGUACUGCAAGAACGGAUGGUUUUCACAAUCGAGCCGGGAUGCUAUUUCGUCGAUAUUUUGCUUGAUGAAGCGCUCACGAGUCCGAAACUCGCCCAGUUUUUGGUGCCAGAUGUUAUUGAAAGGUUCCGCGGCUUUGGAGGUGUUCGGAUUGAAGAUGAUGUUCUUAUUACAAAGGAUGGUGUCGUCAAUUUGACCAAAGUACCAAGGACGGUGCAAGAAAUUGAAGACUGGAUUGCUGGGAAAGACGACAAUAAAUACUAGACGUUGAUUUUGACCGUAAUACCAUAUGUAUUGGCCUGAUUUUACCCAAAUAAAGCUUACCUGUUAA